ACAAAUCAUAUGCAUUUAGUGUAUCUCAAGAGAAUGGUAUACAAGUCAUAUAAAAUACACAAACCACUGAACUGCCUUUUUUUUGACGCCCGGAGCGUCAUUUUGCGCAUGUGUCUCCAGUCUGUUGUUUAAAUUUCUUACGGACCGCUUAAACCCGGGGGGUGGGGACAAAGUGUAAUAUUUUCGGAAUAAAAUCGUCAGACUGAUGAUUGCAUACUCCACAAGUGUACCUGGUGACCCCUUGCGCAUGAGGUGGAUCCCCCCGGAUGCAUUUCUGUUGAACUCUGAAGCAGUUUACCUGUGGCAUCCAGAGUUUAACAUCUCACUGCAACUAAAACUCAGGAAGUGUACUGCACAUGACGGCACCAAACCAACCUCACCUUCCUGUAAUGCUGGAGUGUAAUACUCAGAAACUAACACUGUGAUACUGCAAAUGUUACCAUGUAAAAAGAUUUUCAAAUUAGAUUGUUGAAAAUAAUACUAGUCCGAUACUUUAUAGAUUUUCUACAAGUGAAGUAACACACAAUACCUCAAUAUAAGCCUUCUUACCCAGUUACACACAAAUACACUCAUGCUGACCACCAUGACGUACCGCAUGCCAAACUUCACUCUGGAGCAGAAGCUUUUCCUGCUUCGGAGAAUUCAUGCGGUGGUGGACACAGUCCAGGACUUUCGGAAAGACACCAACACUACUGUACACCGGAACGCUGUAUGGGCAGAGCUGGCCCAGGCCUUCAAUGCGGCGUUCCCUAGUCGACCCCCCAGCAGCAUCGGCUCUCUGAAGACACUGUGGAAACGGCUGAAGGUCGAAUGUCGUGUUGCGCUGCAGAAGCGACAGGAACAGCAGGCAGCUGGGCUUCCUGUGUCUGCCCUCUCUCAGGUGCAGAGAGAAGUGAUUGGGCUGGUACCGAACCUCAUCUCCUGUCUGGAGGAGGUAGACGGAGAUGGCAGCUAUGUCUCGGUUAGGGGUAGCUCACCUGGAGCAGUGAUGGGGCUUUCAGGCACUAAUGGGAGUGAGCACGAAGACGCUGACCACAGUCAAAAUGAUGAAGUAGACAGCAAGGAGAACUUAGCUAUUGAACUUGGAUUGGUCUCACAGACUCACCCACCGGUUAACUCUGGGAUUCCUCCUGGCACUGCCUCCUCUCCUCUCCACUCUCAUUCAGUCUCUUCCAGGUCCAGCCGUCCCUCCCUCAUCUACCAAACUCAUGCAGGAAGCACCUCAGGGCUGGGAUCAGGGACUCGGGUUACAAACUUUGAUACCCCACACAGAGAGCCUGUGAUGCCACGUGCUCCUGCCGGAGGAGCAGUUGAGAAUUCAUUACCGCAGAUGGACUCUUGUACCUCAAACCCGAAAUGGGAGGCACGUCGACAAGAACUGUUUGAGCUGGAGCAUCAGCAGACGAUGAGUCUGUUACUGCUGCAGCAGUGUGUGUGGGAGGAGAAGAGGAAAGCAGUGAGACAAAAGGAGAAGGCGGCACGGGCCAAGAAGAGAUAUUAUCAAGCCAAACUACGGAAGUUCGCCACAGAUCCUCCACCUUCCAGUAGUGACAGCGAGGAUAACGAAUAUCUACAGACUUGAACUCAGAUGUUUAUGGCAUCUUAGCUAUGUUUGCUUUCUUUUUUUGAAAGUCAUUUUUAUUCUAGCAGUGCUGUUUAUUUACAAAACAGUAUGUUUUUUAUUGUGGACUAAAUGUAAUUGGUGUUUAGGAAUGUACCAUGUGUAUCAUAUGGAGGGGGGAAUUCACUCGAGCAGGCUUUGUUCCAAUAGCCAAUACAAAUCUGAUUUCCUUUCAUACUCUCUCUCAUCAACACUAAUGCUGCAUUCCAUUCAGUCAAAAGUGGGAUAGUUAAAGGGAUAAUUCACCUGAAAAUUUUAAUUCAUUAUUUACUCACCCUCAUAUUGCUCCAAACUGUGUGACUUACUUUCUUCUGUGCCAUACAAACUAAGGUUUUAAAAAAAAUGCCUCAGUGUUUACAUUGUCCAUACAAUAGAAGUAAAUGGAUCCAGUGUUUUUGAAAAAAGUUGAAAUAUUUCUCAAAAUAUCUUCUUUUGUAAGAAAGUAAGUCAUACAUGUUUGGAAAGACAUGAGAAGUAAACGACAACAGAAGGUAGAUUAUAACACUUAAAGAAUCAAAUCGUAAUGCUAAUGUUAGCAUCGCAAUUGUCAACAAAGAAGCCUUUUAGCAUCCAAUUUUCCCAGCAUUUGUUUAAAAUGAUACAAAUUAUCAAGAUGGAAGCUAAUUUACCAUUUUGUACAAGCCUGCAAGGUUUUAUUGUAAUGUAAAUACUUUGACCUGUUAAUUAAUUGAAUUUGCUUAAAAGAGUGAAUGAUUAUCCUGUCUCUCUGGGUCUCGUGUUAUAUCAUAUAAAAAAACAACUGAAAAUCUUAUGUUAGGAAAGUAUUCCAAAUGGAAGAUUGGUGAUUUAGAGUGCAAUAGUUGAACACAUCCAUCUAGUGCAUGUUAACAAUGAUAAAGCAGCGCAGUGGAAUGUGCAGCCCAAAACCCUCGCCCAGUCAGGCCAGAACUGAGCAGUGAGGAGACGUUUAGUCCUGAUACUUGUGCUUGAUGAGAAGAGG